AUUUUAAUAUAAAUUUCCUUCUUGACUAAACAAUAAAAAUAAAAAAUAGUAAACAGAGGAAAGUCACUAGUAAUUCACAUUUCUCAAACUUGUGAUUAGCCAUGGCUGAUGAAGUGAUUCUUCUUGAUUUCUGGCCAAGUCCAUUUGGAAUGAGAAUCAGAAUAGCACUUGCUGAAAAGGGUAUUAAAUAUGAGUACAAAGAAGAAGACUUACUUUCAAACAAGAGCCCUUUGUUGCUAGAAAUGAACCCGGUUCACAAAAAAGUCCCGGUUCUCAUCCACAAUGGUAAACCAAUUGCUGAAUCUCUCAUUGCUGUUCAGUAUAUUGAUGAGGUUUGGAAUGAUAAAUCUCCUCUGUUGCCUUCUGAUCCUUAUCAGAGAUCACAAGCUAGAUUCUGGGCUGAUUUUGUUGACAAGAAGAAGAUAUAUGAAGUUGCAAAGAACCUUUGGACCAAAAAAGGAGAAGAGCAAGAAGCUGCCAAGAAGGAAUUCAUAGAAAUCAUCAAAUUGUUGGAGCAAGAGUUAGGAGACAAGACUUAUUUUGGAGGAGACAAGCUUGGUUUUGUGGAUGUAGCAAUUAUUCCAUUCUAUACUUGGUUUAAAGGCUAUGAGAUUUUUGGCAAUUUCAAUCUAGAGAAGGAGUGUCCUAAGUUCAUUGCUUGGGCUAAGAGAUGCAUAAAGAUUGAAAGUGUUUCCAAGUCUCUUCCUGAUCAGGAUAAGGUCUAUGACUUCGUUGUGCAGAUCAGGAAGAAGAUGGGUAUUGAGUAGGUUUGAGAUGUAAGGUUAAAUGUGUCUUAACCUUUCUGAUUGAAUAAAUAUGUAAUAAAAGGCACUUACAUGUGCCAAACUUUGUGGUUUUUGUAGGGAAUGUUUUGAUGAACUUGUGAAUUGUAAUGGGUCUUUAAUCACUUUGUUUGACUCAUCAUCUACAUGUUGUACACUACUAGUAUGUUGACAUUGAUUGUCAUGUUAUUUGGUGAUAUGUUCAAUCUCAUUUUUGUAAUUGGAAACGGUGGAUAUUUAUCUCCCAUGGUUUGGUUUGAUUGAGAAGAACUGAGAUUUUGGAGAUU